AUGGAAACUCCGAAAAAAGGUAUCUUAAGUAAGGCAUAUUCGUCUCUUUUUGGGCCCACGUCACCUUUGACUAAUGAACCUACUGUAGAUUAUAAUAAUACCAUACAAACAUAUCCAAGGUACAAUGAGGACACAAUUAGUACUAAACCAUUGCAGAGGUCGCAUCGUCAAAACGCAGAAAAAUCAGAAAAUAAUGAUAGACAGUACAAACAUGACCUACUAGAUAAGAGAGAGACGUUGGGUAGGGAUUCGCAGUAUAAGGACUUGUUUAGUGACCAUUAUAUAAUAGACUCGCAGGUGCUUGAUGAUUCGGACGAUGAGCUAAAUAGCGAUAUUGACUAUAUUUUCAACAGAUACAAUCACACAAACGAAGUUGUGAACAAUUUGUCAGAGCGAGUGCCUGGAAGCUUGUCCACGGGCAUUUUGUAUAGAGAUACACCAGGCCUGAGGAGCAGGACGCAGAAGAGACUCCCUACUGACUAUCCAGGACGGUAUCCGAGUCCACUGGUACUGAAAAGGGAAUCAUAUGAACCGAAAUAUGUUGAUUCUAUAGAUAAUGACUUGAAAAGUUUAGAAAGAGAAAUAAAUUUGGAGAAUGAUAUCACUACGGCCCAGUUGAAUGCCAAAUAUAAUAAAUAUACGUCUGGAUACUCUAAUGGAGCGCACAAAGGUUCCGGAGAUGAAGAUCGAGUCGUCACUAAAAAUGAUAAAAGAUUGCUCGAAAUUUUUGAUAGAGUUAAAGACAGAAAUAAGUUUCUCAACGAGUUGAAUGCAUAUGUUGAUCUAAGCAGCCAGGUUGAGGUACCCACUGACAUAAACGAGAAGUACAAGGCAUUACGAGAAGAGUAUAUAAAGGAGCUAACCAAUUGUCAAAACUUCUAUAAGGCAUACUACAAGUUGGUAUUCAAAUACCGUAAUUUAAAGAAACAGAUUUCGAGAUCAUCAACCACAACCAUGCGAGAAAAAAUCAAACUUAUCAAGUCAACCUCCCAUCAACUGUCAAUAAGAAUAAUCUGUGAUAAUUUGUUAAUUGAAGUUGACAAGAACGAUAGAACGAUAGCACAUUACCAAAACGAGUUGGAUAUUGCCAAUUCAAAAAUUAAGCAUCUAGAAGACAAGCUUGCCGAGCAGGGCCCGGCUAGCAAUAGAUAA